AUGGGAAAUAAUAGUACUUCCUUGAUGUUACAAGAUGAGGAGAUCGCCGAAAUAGCUGAGGAGACUGGAUGUAAGUAUUUAUUUGUGUUAUGAAUGGUUUAGGUAUCAAUUGUUUCUUCUUCACAUUUAGUAAUGUUGGGUGUUUUAGUCUCCAAGAACCAGAUUGUUCGGCUGUAUAGUAGAUUCUUGUCUCUUGAUCGGCAAGGUCGUGGAUACUUGGACAGAGAGGACUUUCUCCGCAUCCCGGAACUGGCCAUAAAUCCCCUUGGUGACAGGAUUGUCGAUGCCUUCUUCACUGAGUCGUAUGUUUCUAUUAAUGUCUUGUUUUUCAUGCAUUAUUCAUUUUAUUAAAGAUGUAGGCGAAUAGAUUAUCGUUCUGCAUCCAGGUUUCAUUAUUCAUGGUGUUUUCGUCGAUUUAUUUAUGAUUUUACAGUAUUAAUCAUCCCGAAUUGACCAACAGAGCGUAUCAUGAUACCGAAGCCGAGAGCAAGAUCAAUUUCCGACAAUUUGUCCGAGUCUUGGCCCAUUUUAGACCCGCGAAUAAAUCACAGAAUGAUGGAAUCAAUAGCCGACAGAACAAACUACGCUGUAAGUUAAAUCUCCUUUUGUUGAAUUCUUCUUUAGUUGCAUUUUCGAUGUAUGACUUAAACAAAAACAACUACAUCACCAAGGAAGAGUUCAAAUUCAUAUUAAACAUGAUGGUCGGAAGUAACAUCACCCCGGAUCAGCUCGAUUCCAUUGCCGAUCGCACUAUAACUGAAGCAGAUACCGACAAGGAUGGUCGAAUCUCUUUUGAGGAGUUCUGCAAAGCCAUGGAACGCACCGACAUCGAGCAGAAGAUGUCGAUUCGCUUCCUUAAUUGA